GAUCGAUGGGCGUAUGCGACAUCAACGACGAGGACAACAUAGUCGCAGAUGCUAACACAGGAAUCUUACAAAUCCAACUUUAGCGUUGACUAGCUAUGGCGAGCUUGUCUGAGCAAUCCAGCGUUGAAUCUCAGAACAGAGUUGCGCGAAGAAGCAGCAACAGACAACAAUUUGGGACAAAUUAGGUUUCGAAGCAACGAAGCCUGGGUGCUCUUUACGACUGGGCUUGUUGUAGAGAAGAGGGCGUGAGAUUUUGGACGAGUAUUUUGGAUUGAGCAUGUGGGUCUUGUUGCAGAGGUUGUAUAUCUCUUCGCAAUCCUGUUCUCAGUAUCCAUCCGGGGGUUGAUGGAAUGUUGCACACUUUGGAAUUGGUGAAUUCGCGUGCGUGUAGUGAUGAGACCCAUAUGCUUAGGCUGCGUUCGGCCGCUGUCAGUGUGCUUGUGCGAUGUCAUGCCCUCGCCGCCUCCUCAUCUCCGAACUCGCCUGCUCAUACUGCAGCACCCCCACGAGCUAAAGCACAAGCUUGCCACCGUUCCUGUGCUGUCUCGCUGCGUUCACCCCUGCCAUGUGAUCGUGGGUCGCCGCCUGCAUUCUGCCAAUUGGCCCUUCUCACUGUCUGAUGAUGCAGAGGCUGGUGCACACCACACUCUCCUUCUGUUCCCUGCCCCUGAUGCUGUGGACCUUCAAUCGUGGUAUGAGGCGGUGGGCGAUCAAGAGGGGGCUGAAUGUGCGGCGCCGGUUUGCAUCGAGGAUGCAUUAGCUCGUUCUAUUAAGGGAUUAAAUAUAGAGCAUAAUGGUAAUGACGAAAAUGUACAGUAUUCUGGUACAGUUGAGCAUCUUGUUGAAGACAACAAGCUCAAGUGUCCAGUAAUUGGCGAAUUCGCAGGAACUGGUUUAAAUGAGUGGCAAACCGCUGACUAUCGGAUUACGCUGGUGGUCCUUGAUGGGACUUGGGAGCAUGCGCAGGAGAUGUUCAAGGCCAGUUUACCUUUUCUAUCUAAUUUUGUUACACAAGUGUGUCUGCCGUUCGAUCUUGGCUCAGAAGGGCACGGCAUGGGCGAGUCUGACCUGAUAAUAAGAAAGGAGCCAUUCGGUGGUUGUGUAAGCACAAUGGAAGCAGUGGCACGUGCUCUUGCAGUCCUUGAACCUGAUGGUCACAUCCUCGAAGACAAACUUAUGAACGUGCUACGCAAGAUGGUGUCAUUACAGGCAUUGCACUUUAGCUCUCCUAAGAUACGACCAAAGCUCAAGAAAAAGUCGAAGAUAUGGAAUGAGUCAAACCGGGAAAUCCAGCAAAGUACAGUAUGCGCUGAUACGCCUGGGUUCCGACAAUGUCAAGUUCAUGGCAACUAAGCUUUUGUCGAAGAAACCGCUUCAGCUCUACGUUUUAAUCGAGUAUCUGAGAAUCUGAGUGUAUGUAAGUUCAAUUCUCACUGGCUUCUCACAUUUUUUCUUAAUUGCCUUUAUGGGCAAAGGAAGACUUUCUCAUCGUGUUGCUACAAGUUUGCAACUGUUUCUUACACUUCAGGACAGUUAGCCGCGCUAAGUGCAUGCACACCAGAGAGUUUCCAGCUGUCCUUUUUAAGUCUAGAACCACAAAUUUAGUAGCGAUGACUCUUCGCAGUGCCGACUCUUUCCGUGAGAUUAUGAGCGUUACACCCCCUGAACCCCUCGACUGUAUCCAGCCACUCCAACAAGCUUUCCUCCCUCAUGUCAUCUAGAUAAACUGAAUUUUGUUCUUCCAAAGCUCGUCUAAUAGCGUUGGUUUAGAACCCUCAAGGCGAGACGAAUUUCGUAGGAACACUCCAAGCCGAGCACUCAAGGCCUUGCCAAGCGGGAAUGGAAUUGAUAGUGGAUCUGGUGGUGGAUCUGGUUCAGCAAAUCUCAAAACUGAGGAGGCGAACAGAUGCAAGCAAUACUGCAGAACCUUGCAAGUCAUGCUCUGAGCGAAGCAGUCCCUGACACAAGCAAUCAAUUAGUCUAGUGCCAAUAGUGAGGUAGAUCUGUGAUUGCACAGCCUGGAGGGUGUCUUGGAAGAGGCAGAAGGAGCAGUAUGAGAGUGCACCACGGCAGUACCUGAUGUAUCCUGGCUUGAGGCACACCGCAACUUCAAAGAUUCUAAAAAUUGCACAGAAUGAAGUUACUGUAUGAAUAUGAAUAUGAAUAUGUGUGUAUAUAUAUAUAUAUAUAUACACACACACACAGUAAUUUUUUUAUGUACGGGUGUUGCAGUGGUUCAAAUUGCACAACAUUUGUAAUUGAGUGGCUUCACUCAAUACAAGCAUGUUAACUUUUCUGAUUCACA